AGUUUUCACAUUCUGUUUGCAACCCUGUUCACUGAGGUCGGUUUAGAUUACUCAUUGUUUCGAAUUUUGUUUGAACUUUUUUUUUAACUUAAUAACUUUUCGAAUAUGGUGUUGAUAUAAAUUUUAUUUUGUGUAGGUAUCCACUUUUUCAUUCCUUUAAAUUAUUGUUGUGGUCAGGUACCGUAAUACACUCCAUAGCUAUAGUGUGUGAAACUUCUCUCAAAUUUGAUAAAGGAGAUAAAUCACUAAGAGGGGUGUAUUAAAAUUAAAGUCCUGCUUAUAGUUUAAUGAACAUCUUGAAUAUUUAGAUUCAUUUAUUUGUUUCUUUCUUUUAAAUCAACUAGCUAACGCAUUUUCAACAAGUCUUGGCUGUAGUUGGUUCAACACGGAAAGCCUGUGGUAAUGAUGGGGAAUGACACAUGGGCAUAACUGUUAUCGCAUUAUUUCAUGACAUAUUUUCCCUAUCCUUCUUUUCAAUGUGAAAGACCUUGAUACAGUAUAUUUCCUUCAGGGUUCAAGUAUUUGCUUACCAAUUGAGAAACAUAAGUUGCAGCUCUUUACUGGAUUUCUAAUUAAAUGUUCUUGAGUUUUGCCUAUAUUUUCUUUUGUGUGCUUGGAAGUUGAAUUCUCAAUGUCGAUUCCUUUAGGUAGACAAUGGGUGCAUCACAAACCUACUCCUGACCUGUAUGAAUUAGACUGGGAUAGAAAAGUUGGAACAAUAUAAUGAAAUAAUAAAGGUACUUCUUCUGUACACGAGUGUGUGUUUAUGAUCAGCAUUUGAUGGUCAUUACUAACCUGCUGAGCCUCUAAAAAGCAGUUCAAGUGAGACUAAGGUCUCUAAAAUCUAUAUUGAUCAUGGGACCUUCCUUUACCUGCUCUGUUGAUUUGGGCUUCCCUGAACUUAGAAACACCCUGACUAUCUAUUCUGUAAUUGGAUAUUUUCAAUGUUUAUUGCUUUAUGCUGUGGGCUUCUAAAAUAGUGUGUUUUGGUAUGGAUAACUAUAAAAAGAUAGGUCUGUUCGACCAGUGGGCUGUUAUACAUACAUGUGCACGGGUGUGUUCAGAAUUUGUUCAUAAUUUCAUUUGUUAUGUAAGAACACAUGUUUUUCUAUCUCUUGUUCUAUACAUAUGUUCUAUACAUAUUAUUUUUCUCGACUCCAUCUGUUGGUUCAACUUUGUAGGCUUUCUUUCUAAAUGAGAAUUCUCUGUAAGAUUACGUCAGGUAAUUGUUUUUUCUUAAAAAAACUUAUAUCUCUAAUUUUCACAGUCAACUUAAUCUCUAAUUUUCUAAAUGAGAAUGUGGGUUAACAUGACAAAAAGACACUUGUGAUGUUUUCUGAAUCAUAUCCCGUUGAUAGGGAGCUUCAUCAUACUAAAUUGUCACUCGUGGAUCCUACUUAUCAUGGAGGUUAACUAUGUCCUGUUUGUUGAUGUUUUUGUUUUUUUCUAGUUUUAUCUGAGAUUUGAUUUUUGUGUCAACUUGCAUUUUGUGGAUAUGAUUUUUUUUUCUAAUUGUGAUAAUUGUUAUUUCUUAAGACAUUUGGUAGAAUUCAUGUGAAUACGUGAUGUAACAAAAGCUAUAUUCAAUCUUUAUAUGUGCUUUUUGUAGUAUUUAAUCUCUGUCUUAUCUUAGUUGUAGAUUUUAUUGUUUUGUGUUGUACUGCUGUAGUAUAUUAUUAUUUGUGUUAAACCAUGCUAAAAAAAAAUAAUGAUACAUAAAAUCCAGUAUUAUUUGUCCGACCAGUGAUUUCGGUUUCAUGGUUUGCUGCAGGGGAAUAUUGUUCUCGUUGCGAAUUUUACAGUUGUCGUCCGAGUCCAGGAUUUCGUGCUGGGUUUUAUCCUUUAAAAAGGAUCUGUGAGAUGAUCAUAUUGUCUGAACAAGAUGCUACCGAGUUUGCAGAAUUCGUAAUACAGGACUACAAUGAGAAAAAUGGUACGAACUUGAAGCUUGAAAUGGCUCUGGAAUGCAAUAAGUUUGAACGCCUUGGUGUCUUAAUGGAUUUCAUCACUAAAAAGAAGAGGACUUGGGUGCAUAUGAACUUGGAUGCUAGAAUGGGCCCCAAAGAGGAAUUACUCGUUUUCUUUGUCGAGUUCUAUUUAUCGGAUGAUGAGUAUGUGCUUGCAAAGUUGGCACUGGUGAAUACUUCAGACUAUCAGCCUGUUAGUAAAAAGGAUGGGCUUUGGUGUCGUUUUUGCCCGGAUGGUAUUCUUCAUCCAAUGGAAGGGUGUUUUUUUAAUUUCUACUCACCUCAUGCUUCAGUUGAAAAUUUGCUAGAAAAAGGGCAUGAAAGCUAAAUUAUGCUUUUGACUAAAUGAACUUAGA